AUGGGUUUACGCCAGCUCUUCCCGGCGAUGUACACGCUGCCGGACAAGUCGUCCGUCAAGUCGCGGCAGGCGACGCUCUACUUGCUGAACUGCAUUUUUCUAAUGGGCAUCAGAACGCCGCCGAAGGGCUGCUGCCUCUUCCUCGUCUACGUCGCGUGGUCGUUUGCUUUAAAUCUGUGCUCCACCUUCUAUCAGCCCUUUGGCUUUAUGAUCGGCUAUGUGUCGCACCUGUCGGAGUUCGCGCCUGGCGAGUUUCUCACCUCGCUGCAGGUGGCCUUCAAUGCGUGGUCCUGCUCGACCAAGGUGAUCAUCGUCUGGAUACUCGUGAAGCGUUUCGAUCAGGCCAAUGCGGUCUUCGAUGAGCUGGACAAGCAAGUGCUCGAGCCGGCGGAGCGGGGCCGAAUUCAUCGCGCCGUCUCGCAGAGCAAUCGGAUCUUCUUCAUCUAUAUGAGCGUCUAUAUAAUCUAUGCCACAACGACGUUCAUCAGCGCCUGCAUCAACGGCGUGCCGAUGUUCCAGAACUAUUAUCCCUUUCUGGACUGGCGCGCUAGUCGCCAGCAAUAUUGGAUACAAUCGGGCCUGGAGUACUUUGCCAUGUUCGGCGCCUGCUUCCAAGACGUUUGUGCCGAUUGCUAUCCCAUCAAUUAUAUCCUACCUCUGCGUGCUCAUAUGGCGAACUUUGCGGAUCGACUGAGAGGACUGGGACACGAUCCGCAGGAGAGUUCGGAGGAGCGUUACGAGAAGCUUAUCGAGUGCAUUAAGCACCAUAAGCUCAUACUAAGUUUCUGCGAUACUUUGCGUCCCAUCAUCUCUGGCACCAUUUUCGUUCAGCUUCUGGUUGUGGGAUUGGUGCUGGGCUUCACCAUCAUCAACAUUGUCAUGUUUGCCAAUUUCGCUUCUCGCAUUGCUGCUCUCUCCUUUAUGACAGCCGUCCUCUUGGAGACGACGCCCUUUUGCAUACUCUGCAACUACUUGGCCGACGAUUGCAUGAAGCUAGCCGAUGCGCUAUUCGAAUCGAAUUGGAUCUAUCAGGAUGAGCGCUAUAAGAAGACCGUUCUACAGUUUCUACAGAAUCUACAGAAGCCAAUUGUCUUUAUAGCUGGCAAUGUUUUUACCAUUUCUGUGGCUACAAAUUUGAAUGCCACUAAGUUUUCGUUCUCGGUCUUUACUCUGGUCAAGCAAAUGAAUAUUGCAGAAAAACUAUCCCGACCCAAUGGAACAGAAUAA